UAUGAGUUGAGAUAUCCCCCACCCGUACGGCCAUACCCUCAAGCAAAGGUAAAAUCAAGAUCCCAUUUCCCCGCUAUAUUCAUCCAUCUCCUAAAACUAAUUUAUUUUUUAUUUAAUAAAAUAACAAAGAACAUAAAUAAAAGAUAAUAAUUUGAUCAUAUAAGUAUUAUCAUCUUCUCUUCAAUCAUCAAUCUUUGUUCUUAAAACCCAUACAUUUCCUAUAAAAUGUUAGAAACUGCACCAUCUUUGUCAAUCUAUGCUAAGAACACAAUUGAUGGGGUAGAAGACCCAAAUAAUGGGUUAGAAGAACAACCUAAACAUGUAAUUAAUGGUGAUUUUAGUUUUGUGAAAGAAGAUCAUUUGGAUUUGGUCAAUAAAGAACAAGAUUAUGAUGAUUUGGGUCAUCCUGAGAAAUUUAGGGGUUCUCAAGUAGGGGAAGAACCAGCUAGUCCACCUAUGUUUCUUGCAACUGGACUUGGAAUCAAUGAUGUUCCUCAAGAUUUUACUAUUGAGAAAGCGGAUUGUGAAGAUUAUUACAUGGAUUUACUUGAGGAAUACCCUAAUCAUCCUCUUGUUUUGAAGUACUAUGCUCAGUUUUUGCAGAGAAAAGGAGACCUUCAAGGAGCAGAAGACUAUUAUUUUCGAGCCAUGAAAGUUGAACCAACAGAUGGAGAAAUUCUUUCACAAUAUGCUUUGUUGGUGUGGGAGCUUCAUCAUGAUCAGGAAAGAGCAUCUGCAUUCUUUGAGCUUGCUGCCCAAACUGCUCCUAAGGAUAGCAAUGUUUUAGCAGCAUAUGCUAAGUUCCUUUGGGAGAUCGAUGAUGAUGGAGACGACUACUCUAAUCAUCCUGAUCAUGUGGAGGGAGGCCUACACAAAAUCAAUCAUUUGCAUCCCAUCAGUGAAAUUGGAGUGGACAUUGAUGGAGCUGAAGCAGAAGACCCGAAAAACGAAGCUGAUAUUGAAGAUUACUAUAAAAGGAUGACCGAGGAAAACCCUUCUGAUCCCCUUUAUCUAAGGAAGUAUGCUCAGUUUUUGUAUAAGACAAAAGGAGAUCUUAAAGGAGCUGAAGAAUACUACUCAAGGGUCAUAGUAGCCUACCCACAAGAUGGAGAGAUCUUAUUAGAGUAUGCAGCAUUACUUUGGGAGCUUUAUCAUGAUCAGAAAACUACUUUGGCUUACUAUGAACGUGCUAUUGAAGCUGGCCCUGGAGAUAGUGAUAUUCUGGCAGCAUAUGCUCGUUUUCUAUGGACUAUAGAUGAUGAAUGAAGUAUGAUGCUUUUCCGCCCUUCGAUAGUUCAUAUUGUAUAAUUGCAAUAAGGGAUGGCAAACUAGGCGGGCGGGUGUUGAUGUGGAUGCGGAUGCCCCCUCCCUCAUACCUAUAUCCACCUAAAGUUUUCAUACCCACCACCUACACAUCAUCCGUGAUAGGCAACAACACAGAAGAAUCAAGAAUUCAAUAUCUUUGGGUUUUAUAGAUAUUUGGGUUUUGGUUCAUACUAGUACUUUUCAAAAAUUGACAUGAAGACUACCGAAUUUGUUGCAUUUAUAGAAAUAUUGUUAUUUUGAAUUUGCAAUGCCUAGGCAACCACAUCAACAUUUUAC